UAUGUUGAAAAAAAAACAGAAAAUAUUGAAAACAACAAAUAUAUUUCAAAAAAUAAAAUCAAAACAAAGAAGAAAAAUAUGUUAUUAAUAUGAAGUGGAUAAUAAUUUCAUGUAUUUUGUGCAUAUUUGGUUGUUUUAAAGAGUUCAGACCUUCAGAGUCUUUUGUAACUAAUUAUUUGACAGGACCAUGGAAAAAUUUUACAGAUGAUCAAGUAAAUCAAGAAAUAUUUCCUGUUUCCACAUAUUCAUAUUUUGCAACAUUAGUUAUUAUAUUUUUGAUAACAGAUUUUCUAAGAUAUAAGCCUAUUAUUAUCUUAUGUGGUAUUUCUGGAGCUAUUACUUUUCUUUUAAUAAUAUUUGGACAAGAUGUUUUAACUAUGCAAAUUUUAGAAUUUUUUUAUGGCUUAUUUUUUUCCACAGAAGUAGCAUAUUAUACAUAUAUUUAUGCUAAAGUUGAUAAAAAACAUUAUCAAGAAGUAACUAGUCAUACAAAAGCAGCAUCAUUAUUUGGUCGCUGUAUGGCUGGUAUUGUUGCACAAUUAACAGUAUCUUUUGAUAUAUUAGAUUAUCAUCAAUUAAAUUACAUUACAUUAGCAGUUCUUAUAUUUGCAACAUUGUGGGCAUUUUUUUUACCUUCAGUUCCUCAAUCCAUUUAUUUUCAUAGAAAAAAUGAUAAUCAUAUUUCUUUAACGCAUAAGGAAGAAAUUAUACUGCAACAAAAUAAUAUUAAUCAAAUAUUUCAAAGAUCUGAACAAUCUAAGGAGUAUUCUUCUUCUAAAAUAAAUAUUUCAUUGAUAUAUAAAGUUAAAAAAGCUUAUAUUUUAUUAUGGAAAGAUUUUUUAGGAGCAUAUUCAAAUAGCCAUGUAAUAAAAUGGUCGAUAUGGUGGUCAUUUUCUACUUGUGGAUACUUACAAGUUAUUAGUUACAUACAAUUAUUAUGGAAAACUGCAGUAUUACCUGAAGAUAGAAUUUAUAAUGGAGCUAUAGAUUUCUUAUAUACAAUUAUAGGUACAAUCACUGUUUUCUGUAUUGGAAAGAUGCCAUUAAAUUGGUCUUUAAUUGGAGAUGUAUUAGUAUCAUUUAUGUCAUUUGUGGAAGGUAGUUUGUUAGUGCUAUCUUCAUUUAAUUACAAUAUUUGGUUAUUAUAUGCUGCGUACAUAAUAUUUGGAAACAUUUAUCAUAUAAUGGUUACCAUUGCAAGUUUUGAAGUUGCAAAAUGUAUAUCAGAAGAUAGUUAUGGUUUAAUAUUUGGUGUGAAUACCUUUUUUGCAUUAUUAUUGCAAAGUUUAUUAACAGCUAUAGUAGUAAAUGGAAAUUUAAAAUUAGAUCUAAGAUUACAGUAUUUUGUUUAUGGUGGUUAUUUUAUUGUUAUAUCAAUAUUUUAUACAAUAAUAGGUAUUAUAAACAUUAUACAACAUUGUAAGAAAGGUAUAGGUUUUAAAAUAUGGAAAAACGUUAGCAGAGGUAUUGAAGAUUAAAUAAUUUAGUAAAAUUAUUAAAUUCUAAUUUAUAUUGUAAUUUUUAAAAAUAUAACGAAUAAAAAUUUAUU